AUGUCAAAGGACUUCGCCGCUGCUGGUCUGAGACUAGGGUGUCUAGUCACCCGAAACGAAGAAUUGAGUCAAGCUGUGCAGUCUCUGGCACGUUUCCACGGCGCAUCGCCAGUCACAGACGCUAUAGCCACCACUAUGCUUGAGGACGACGAAUGGCACGACCAAUUUCUAGCCGAGAGUGCAAGGGUGCUGGGUGAACACCAAGAGCUUGUCACCAAGGGACUUGACAAAGCUGGAAUUCGCUACAACAAGCAAGCAAUGCCGCCCAUCCUCUCCCGAAAGCGCUCGCGAUCCGCCUCACCGCAAACAGAACCGCCACCGAAGCGUGCGCGCGCUCGCAAAGCUACUGCACCCACGCGCAAAGGCAAAGAGUCUGUCUUUGAAACCCUCGACGCACCGCCAAAGGCCAAGCUCACGCUGGCCCAGACCAAAGCCCUGUUGGAACAAGAAGAUGACGACAGUGAGUUGUCAGAACCGGAGAGCAGCGAAGAUGAUUUCGAAGAUGUUCCGCUGAACGGCGCAAACAAAGGCAAAGGCAAGGGAAGGGCGACAGCUGGUGGUGAUAGCGACGAGAGCGAAGCCGACGAUUGGGAAGACGCGCUCGGUGCGCAGAAUAACAAUAAAACAGACCACGGUCCUGCGCCCGUCAUCACUGGCGACAUCGCCCUCACCCUGUCCGCCGCGCCGAAGACCGCCUUCGACUCAAAAUCGGAAGGACAAAAGGGCGCAUCCAAGAUCCAGCGGCAAAUCCGAAAUGUCACACAUUGUAUGCACGUGCAGUGCCUGAUGUACCACAAUCUUAUCAGGAACGCUUGGAUACAAGACAAGGAAGUGCAGAAGAUACUAGUGGAAGGCAUGUCGGCCGGCUGCUGGCGCGAACUGGAGAGGUACUGGGAUAACGCCGGAAUCACAGACGGCCCUAAUCUUGUCGUUGUGCAGAGGGCGCCGAGUCCACCCAAGACGGUAACGAAAGACAAGAAGGGUACGUGGAAGAGCAGCGGAAAGAACGGCGUCAAAGUGUACGAAAGUCCGCAGAAGCGAUCGUCUGCUCGCGAAGACAAGAAGAAAGCUCCCGUAGGCAAGGGUAAGGGCAAGGGCGAUGUCAAAGGCGCCAAGAAAGGUCGCGAUUGGAACGCGACAUCUGAACCACUCGAGCCGAAAGUCCCAAACAUGUCAGCUGGGGAUCCUCUACUUCGCCUCCUAAAGUAUCUCUCUGCGUAUUGGAAGUCCAAGUUCCAAGUAACAACUCCGAGCCUACGCAAACGCGGCUACCUCUCGCCAUCGACGCUAGAAGCCGAGAUCAAUACCUGGAGAGAGGACCCUGAUCAUCCCGAUACUUUUGGCGAGCGAGUGGAGAGUUUAGAAGCAUUCCGCGACAGAGCUCGUAAAUGCGAGGGGAGCAGGGACUUGGGAGAGCAAUUGUUCACCGCUUUAGUACGAGGGCUCGGCAUCGAGGCCCGCAUGGUAGUCAGUCUACAGCCAAUUGGUUAUGGCUGGAAUCAGGGCGAAGAAGGAACGCCUAAGAAUCUGGAGAAAUUGAAGGAUGCGAAGCUUGCCGACAGCAACACUCCUUCGAAAUCAGCAGCCACGAACGGUAGAGCGCAACCUCUCGGCGGUACAAACAAGGGUGGCAAAACGGCCGAAGUUGACCCGGACGAUAGCAGCGACCUGAGCAGUGUCAUAUCUAUUUCUUCGGGAUCAGAAGAUGAGCGGCCUACUAAGAAAGCGCGAAAGCCCCGCAACCCCCGCGAUGAACUGCCAUUUCCGACCUACUGGACAGAGGCCAUCUCUCAUCUCACCCAUACACCUAUAGCAGUUUCGCCGCUUCCCAAGGCGAUAAUCGCGAGUGCGGCGUCUUCAGACAAAUUCUCCGAGUUCUACGCUCGCGGUGGAACGGCCGACAGGGCGAGGCAGGUAUCAGCCUACUUCAUCGCCUUCUCUUCUGACGGCACAGCAAAGGAUGUCACUGUAAGAUAUGUACCCAAGUGGCCUGGUCGGACAAGGGGUGUUCGCAUGCCUGUUGAGAAGAUACCCAUACACAACAAACGCGGCAAAGUCAAACGGUGGGAAGAGUGGGACUGGGUGAAGUCGCAAAUGCGCCCCUAUGCACGACCUCACGACAAGCGUCAGCCAUGGGAUGAAGUUGAAGAUGAAGGUGAUCUUGUCUUGGUACAACCAGAAAAGAAGAAGGAAAUGCACGAAGGCGGAAAGGAGACGCUACAGGGCUAUAAGAACUCCACUGAAUACGUGCUUGAGCGCCACCUGCGUCGCGAGGAGGCACUCAUACCCGGCGCCAAGAUCGUUCGACAUUUCACCUUCGGCACAAGCGGCAACGAGAAAACCGAGCCGGUAUAUCUGCGGAAGGACGUUGUAAACUGCAAGACCCAAGAAUCCUGGCACAAAGAAGGCCGAGAGGUACGGGAAGGUGAACAGCCCCUCAAGCUCGUACCUAGGCGGGCUGUUACGGUGACACGUAAACGCGAGAUGGAAGAGCAGGAACGUCUUGAAGGCGAGAAAGUGAAACAAGGUCUCUUCUCUAAAGCGCAGACGGACUGGAUCAUUCCUGAUCCUAUUGUUGACGGCAAAAUCCCGCGUAACUCAUACGGAAACAUUGACGUUUAUGUGCCCACGAUGGUGCCGAAAGGCGCUGUUCAUGUUCCACUCAGGGGUACGGCGCGCAUAUGUCGUAAACUCAACAUAGACCAUGCGGAAGCGUGUACCGGGUUCGAGUUUGGAAAGCAACGCGCUGUGCCUGUCAUAACCGGUGUUGUAAUUGCACAGGAACACGAGGAUAUGCUCAUUGAUGCUUGGGAAGUUGAAGAGGCGGAAAAACAGCGAAAAGAGAGAGAAAAGAGGGAAAAGUUCCUAUUGGGGCUUUGGAGAAAAUUUGCGAGUGGACUGAGAAUCGUGGAAAGAAUGCGAGAAGAGUACGGGGAGGAUGUUGAAUUGCCAGUCAAGGAGAAGGAGAUUUCGGUCGAAGAAGAUGGUGGGGAGAAGAUGUCGCAAUGGGAAGUGUUUCAGAACCACACCGAUUUCGAGGGCGGCUUCAUGCGCGGCGAUGGCGCUGAUUCUGGCGGUGGCUUCGUACCUGAACGGACGUACCAGAGUAUACACCAUGAUGAUGACAUGGCUGGUGGUUUUCUACCAGCAAGUCAAGACGAUCCUGAGCAUGGGGAUCUAACCAUUGACCACGGCGAAAAGAAAGAUGUGUCGCGCGCGCCCAUGGCGGAAAGUACAUAUCGCACACCGAUCUCCCUCACCCAGGCGCUUCAGCAGCCGCCCAGCGAAUCCAGCGAGCAUCCUGAUGAUGAUGCGGACGAGGAUAUGGACGCGCCUGAACCUCCAGAAGACGAAAGCAACGACGAAGAAGACGACGAGGAUAUGCCUCAACCAAAAUCUACCCGUCGCAAGUCGAACGCCACAUCUUCAACUCGUGGUCGUGGUCGUCCACGUGGUCGCGGAGCCAAACUCAUGACAGCGUCCACGCGAAAACGUAAGUCUACGGUCAUAGAAUCAGGGUCUGACAAUGACACGCCCUCUGGCGCUCCUUCCGACCCACCAACACCACCGCCAUCUACACGUUCAGCGCCGAGGCGUAAGGCAGCCAGGAAAAGUGACGCACAAGUCAAGAGCCACUUCUUUGCCGAAGGAAGCGAUGGUGAGACGGAUAUGACGGAUAUGACUGAGCGGAACUCGCCAAGGAAGAAGACGGCUGCGACACGAGGACGCGGGAGUGGCAAAGGCAGAGGGAGUGGACGGGGAAGAGGCAGAGCGGGGAAAGCCAAGUAG